AUGUUCUUCCUGGGCGAGGAGGCAAAUCCCCUAAACGAGGAGCCCCUGCCUCGGGGCAAGCGCCACUGGCUCGGCGUGGUGGGCGCGUACACCUGCCCGUCGUUCAUCACCGUCUUCUUGAUGGCUGUCGUCAGUUUCGGCAUAUGGCUUUUCUAUUCCCCCCUGGCCGAAGUGUCCCCGCUCGGUGCCGUCGCACUUGGACUAUGGGUAUUUUGGACCCUUCUGAAGGUGUACAUCAAUCUGGCGGCCAUCAUUUAUUAUCAGAAG